GCAGACGGCCGUACCUGCAAGUUCAACUGGGCCCUGGACCUGGAGGAGUGUGACUUCAACGAUACGCUCAAACCCAUGCUAGAGGUUACCCGUUCAAAACAGGGGCUUAUCCCACCCUCAUACACUCACACAGACACCGAUGCCUCCGCGAACGAGCAACGUUGGCCGCUCAAUGUGCUGCAUAGGAAGACGUGUGUUGUGUACACCUUCCUGAUGCAG